AAAUCAACACUUGUAGAACACUUACAAAAACAUUAUCCUUGAGCUAAAGUUUUUGUUCGCAUUUAAAUUAAAUGCUUACACAUUUGUUUACUCCAAAUUACGCUUAAUAUUUUAAUUCAAACGUACUUUGUCAAAAGCGAAACAAUUGCUGCAUAAGUAAAUAUCAAUUGACUUUUCAAUCAGGUUUUAAAGCUUUCUAAGAGCAACAAAUGAAACAUAAUUUUUCAUAACUCAAUUUCAAUAUUGCUGCAAGAAUAAAGUAACAAGUGUUGUAAAGUGUCAAGCGAAUACAGCUUCGUAUAAUGUAGUGCUGUAAAAGGCCUGACGAGUAUAGCAGCAGUUAGUCCAGUGUUGUAAGGCAACGUGCGAAUGUAGCAGCAAAUCAAGUUCGUUAAAUUAGCCCAAGCAAGUUUCUAUGCCCAAAAGUCUUGAAGGUCUAUGAGCAUGACUGAGAAACAGCCGCUGAUCGAAUGCAUUGAGGAGGAUGCAAAGGAACCCUCCCCGCUGCUAGUAACAUGGCAGUCCGUACUCAACUGUAUCUAUCGCCGUAUAUUGUUGCGGCGCAAUCAGUUUAUCGUUGUAGUUCUGUAUGCCAUAUUCACCAUGCUGAUUGCCGGAUUAUAUAUCGUAAGCUUUUAUCUAACGGGCGUUACUAAAUCAACGCAUGUGGAUAUUGUGCCAGUGUAUCGGGAGUCGAAUGUUUUGGGAAUGGAAGGUUAUCUCGUGUACAACAAUCACUGUCGGAUCAUGGAUCUAGAUCCAUACAAGCGCGAUGUGAUGCGCCAUUUCAAACCUAUACACCACAUGCCCUGCAUGUCGGUGCCGCCGCUGACCCAGGUGCGCUACGACGCCAACGCCCAGCGCUAUGUGCUGAACAUCGAUGCCAGUGCGUUCCCAAGCUACCAGGUGGGCAACAUGCUUAGCUGCUGCUACAUGGGCGUGCAGCGUGUCAAUGAGAAUGAGUUCAAGUUAACGCCAUGCCACAAAUUUAGCAGCAGAGCUCAGCUGUCGAACACAACGGACAACAUCAUUGUCUCCUGUAACUCGGGUACGAAACAAAUCUACAUCAACGGACAUGCAACCAUACCGGAGCGCGUGGCCGUGCGAGAACGCCUGGAGCGCUGGGCGCACAAGGAUCGAAGCCGGCGUGUGCCCAGCGUACUGAUGAUAGGCAUCGAUAGCAUCUCGCGAGUGCAUCUAAUACGUGCGAUGCCCAAGACCGCACAGUAUUUGUACGACGAGGAUUGGUUUGAGCUGGCAGGCUAUAACAAGAUAGAUGAUAAUACAUUUCCCAACCUAAUGGCCGUCUUGACAGGUCACAAUUACACAAGUGCUUUGAAAUAUUGUAAUCCCUACAAAAUGCAUGGCUUGGAUAGAUGCCAUUUCAUAUGGAAGCUGUUUAUGGGGCACGGCUAUGUAAGCGCCUACGGCGAGGAUGCGGUUAAGAUCAACACAUUCAACUUCUUAAAAAAGGGUUUCCAGCAGCCGCCCGUGGACUACUACUUGCGUCCAUACUUGUCUGCCGCGGAGAAGCUACUCGGCGGCGACACAAAGCUGGGUCUGCCCCAUUGCCUGGGCUUUGAGACGGCGGCGAAGCAUGUGUACAACUAUGCGCAGGAGUUUGCCAAACGUUAUCGCAACGACAGCUUCUUCGGCUUCUUCUGGACGAACACGCACAGCCACAGCGACAUAUCGCAGACCAGCUCCAUGGAUGACUACUUGCGGGGCUAUCUGCAACGUCUGGUGGCGCAGGGCACAAUGGAGCACAACAUUGUGGUGUUUUUCAGCGAUCAUGGCCUGCGCUUUGGACCGACGCGUGACACCUGGUCGGGUUACUUGGAGGAACGGCUGCCUUUCCUGUUCAUCUGGCUGCCGCCAUUUGUGCGAAAGACGCAUCCGGAGUUUGUGGAAGCGCUGCGCCAGAAUCGCAAUCGUCUGACCACGCCCUACGAUCUGCACAUGACACUUAAGCACAUACUCGCACUUUCGGGUCGCUCCGGCAGUCUAAAGUCGCUGAGCGGCGCUAAGGAUUGCCCGCAGUGCCAGAGUCUGUUGCUGCCGGUGCCGCUUAAUCGCAGUUGCGAGGAUGUGGCCAUUGAGGAUCACUGGUGCACAUGCUGGCAAUAUAAAGAGUUUCACCUGAGCGAAUUAGUAAUGCGGCUGGCGCAUUAUACGGUGCAGCACAUAAAUAAUUAUGUAGCCACUUUUCGCAAUGGCAGUCUGUCCCAUCUGUGUAUGCCGCUAGAGCUGUUCGAAGUCAGGAAGGUUUAUAAGGCAGAACCGAAUGAAAUCGACCCCAAGCAAAUAGACAUGUAUAUGCUAAACAUAUUUACGUUGCCCAACAGGGCGCUGUACGAGGCAACGCUGCGCUACAACAGGAACCUGCCACACGCGAAAAGCGUGCAGUUGUCCGGCUCCGUCAGUCGUAUUAAUUCGUACAUUGACGAAGGAAAUUGCCUGGGCGAGGGGCCACUUAAGAAAUAUUGCCACUGCCGUCCCAAAGACAAUAACUAAAAUAAAACGUAUUAAACAAAAGCGGAGCACAACUUUCAUAAGAACUACAAAAGAAUGAACAUUA